UGGAGGAGUGAGCACCGAAGGAGAUGAGGCUUGGCUGACCAAGCCAUUUCUGUCUAUAUUUUUUGUGUUCGGUCUUUGUGUUGGCUGUCUCAGGAGGCAAGUGACCUACCAUUUUGGACAGUUUGAUGACUCUCCCACAUGGGUUUUACAGUGAGUGUACGGUAGAAGGUGCUGCCACUCAGGAGGAGGCCUGCUGUAGGGAUACAAGUUGGACAGAAAGGGAGUGCUGGAAAAGGGAAAUCUCAUGCACUUCCUGUUCUGCUGUGCUGAAGAACAAGUCUUCUUGCCUAGGCUGGUUUAUCUGCUCUGUCCAUCUCUGCUUGGGGAGUUCUUUGAUACGGAGCUGAUCUGAAGGAUAGAGUCCUCUUAUCAACUCCAUGCUUACCUCUGUUUGUUUUCAUUCUGAAGUUCGCUCCCUCAUUUUGCAAUAACCCACAGGGUGCUGGGUGUUGCGCCAGCUGUGCCUCAAUGAAGGAUCUUCAUUCAACACCUUUAUCUUCGCGUCACACCAGUCAAUGCGACUCCUGCGUUUUCCAGCAGCAUUCACUACCCAGUCCAGACUUUAGUCAAGCCUUCGCUGGUGGCCAGAAAGGCUACCAGAGCUACCGGGACCUACCAUGGGAUCUUCAAAAAAUUAGUCAGCCAGCCAUCAAAACAAGACAUCUUGAGCCUUGGAAAAUUGCUCUAAUUGUUAUUGGAUCAGCAGUGGCAGCAGCUAUCACUAUUGGCCUCCUAAUUUAUUUUCUGGCAUAUGAUGAGCAGCUGUUCUAUUACAGUGGCAACAUAAAAAUCACCAACAUCCGGUACAAUAAUGAAUUGUCCAGACAGUCCUCAGGAAGGUUUAGAGACCUGAGUGAGAGGGUUGAGAGACUGAUCGACAAGACAUUUUACAAUUCCAUUUUAAGGAAAAAAUUCAUCCGUUCACGCUUAAUCAGAGUGAGCCCAGAUGCUGAUGGUGUGAUGGCAGAGGCUUUGCUCACAUUCUGGUUCUCCUCCACGGAUUCUAGAGAAGCAUUGCGAGAAAGAGUUGAAAGGAUAUUACGGAGGGGCCUGAAAAAAUACAAAGGGCCCUUGCGAAUACACGUCAGAUCUUCUACUGUCUCAAUCUGUGGGUUACGGCAAAAUGGAUCAGUCAAGUCAAUUGCAAAAUCAUCAUCAUUGCGAAUAGUUGGUGGAUUGUCUACUGCCGAGACCGGGGACUGGCCAUGGCAAGCUAGUCUGCAGUACAAUAAUAUCCAUCGCUGUGGUGCAACACUCAUCAGCAAUACGUGGCUCGUAUCUGCAGCUCACUGCUUCAGAGACUUGGGUCACCCUCAGAAGUGGACUGCUACUUUUGGAGCUCUUUUGAAGCCACCAAGCUUGAAACGACCAGUUAGGACUAUUAUAAUCCAUGAAAAGUACCGCUACCCAGAACAUGAUUAUGACAUUGCACUUGUGCAGCUCUCUAAACGAGUUGAAUUUACAAGUAACAUACACCGUGUUUGUCUGCCUGAGCCAACUCAGACUUUUCCAUACAACAUUUAUGCUGUCAUCACAGGCUGGGGAGCGCUUACCAAUGACGGUCCAACUCCAAACGCUCUUCAAGAAGCAACAGUGAAACUUAUUGACUCAAACACUUGCAACAGAAAAGAAGUGUAUGAUGGGGACAUAACACCAAGGAUGUUGUGUGCUGGAUACUUGGAAGGAGGAGUAGAUGCUUGUCAGGGGGAUUCUGGAGGACCACUGGUUACUCCAGACUCUAGACUGAUGUGGUACCUCGUGGGAAUAGUGAGCUGGGGAGAUGAAUGUGCCAAACCAAACAAACCUGGAGUUUACACACGAGUGACUUAUUUCCGUGAAUGGAUUACCUCAAAAACUGGCAUCUAAAUCCAAAAUCAAAAAUGGAUUUAACUACAUAGACUACGUCUAAUUCAUAUUUUCCUGUAAUUCCGAAAGGUUAUUUUUUUAGUACAUAUAUUCCUAUGUAGUUUUGGUUGAAGCAACCUUUGCCUGCAGUGAGCGCUAUCUUUGCUGUCAGAGAUCCUAACCCCUUGUGAAUUCAUAGUAAACAUAUGAGAUUGCCUGUCUCAUCUUUGAGCCUUGAAGCAUUCUCAUCUAUCAGAAGUUACUGACAUCAUUAAAUUAGCAUUUAAAAGCUACUAAUUUGCCUGCUUUAUAAAUAUAAACAUUUUCCAGGGAAAAAAAAAAAAAGGAUUUUUUUUCAGCCACGGCCAAUGUCUGAAGCUGAAGCUCAACCUUCUUCCUCCAGUGAAGUAAAUGCUGUCACAGCUGUUUUUCUAGCAAAGCGAACUCUUGAUUAUUGUUCUUGUUAGAGACUAUAAUCUGCACAUUUUGCAGCCAAGACCCUGGCUGCUCAUCCUGCUUGGUGGCCUUAGUAGCCAACAGCGGAUCAACCAAGACUGAAGGUAGGUCCCAGCUAAGGAAAAUGACAAUUUCUGUGCUUGCUAUAAGUUGGUAAGAAAAAGAGGAAAAGCUUGAUGUUCUUCUUUGGAAUCAUAUUUUUAACAGGAUUUUUUUUUGUGU